AUGGCUGACUUCCUAACCGCGGUCUCUACCAAAAAGAUUGCGUCCAAGCCAAUCAUCAAUGAGAUCCAAAGUUUGAGCAUCCACGAUGCGGUCACUAUCGAAUCAGCGCAAUCAGCAUUGCAAGCGCUGAGGAACCAGCCCAGUUACGGAACAGUCACUAGUGUCUUGACGUUCUUCAGCAGCUCCAAGGUCAGCCUUAUCAUUUCGGAGCCGGUGUACGCAAGCGUUGCGCAUGAGCUUGUCAACAAUCUACUACCCAACUUUUGGCGGUUACUCAGGCAGCAUGAUAAAGACGCACAAAAGCUUGCCUCCAGCUUACGAAAUCCUGCUGGUGUUGGACAUUUGAUCACCAGACUACGUUCCCUCACUGUAGAGAGUCGGCAAAGGAAAGCACCAGGAACUGCUCAGGAUGUUUCUGAGUUCAUCGAGGAUACGCUGGAUGUUCUCGGUCGAGUUUUGAGUGGUGAUGAUGUGCUGUACCUCGUAUGGACGGAAAUUCAAGCUUUUGGCAAGAACAACAUUCAAAAAAGGCUCAUGUGGAAAGAAUUCCUUGCACAAGUAGCUUCAGGCCGUGUACUGGCGGUCAGAGCCGAGGCCGUGGAUUUGAUCGAAAGAACAGCGAUCGAGAGCCCAUCUCUGAGCGGUAGUGACUUUGCAGAGUGGCUUGGUCGCAAUAUCAUUCACAUGUUGACCAUUGGCGAGGAGAGCGAGGCGUAUACUGGAGCUCUAGUAGAGCUUAGCUCCAAAGUCUUGACUCUUGGCUACACCGACCGCCUCGUUGCUUGCAUCCUCAACAGAAGUAUUGAGCAUGAUCAGGUGAACCCUUUCGCGGGUCUAAUAGGGCGAAUGAAGGCAUUUGAGCAACGGAAGUAUUUUAACGCUGUGGUAAUCUGUAUCACCAAGCAGUUCCUCCAGUCGGAUAUUAAGAGCAAGGAAGAUACAUUUUUUGCCGCAUCACCUGUGAUAUCAGGUGCAGCACAUCUACUCAACAGCUUCAUCAAGACCAACGACAUCUUGAAAGACCAUCUUAUCUCUUCACUCACUCGCUCUAAUACACCAUCAAUUGAUGAGUCACUUGCGAUCCGCCGUACUGCUGUUGCCGCGCUGGCUCAGGAUGAAGAUAAGCUUCAAACAUUAUUCGAUAACUGCAUCAAAACCUUUGGCGACUCUGUUUAUGUUAAGCAUACACCUGUUCUGCAGCAGGAAGCUCUUGCACAGACACUAGCAUUGUGUUGUGGCUAUGUACAACGAUCCCAGCCCAUGUUUGUGACUAUGAUGGCCAAGUCAACCUAUCAUGUAAACGGCAUGUCAAAUCGGAUUGGAGCGGCGUCAUCUCGAGCUCGUUUCCUCGGGAUAGCAGUUGGCAUAGCGAUCUCAAAACUGGUCGACAAGCCGGAAUUGCAGCUGAAAAUUGAGCUUGAGGGGAGCGAAGCUACAGAAGCGAAAUGGUAUGAGCAACUUACUAAAGUAGACGACAAGCUUGGGAGUAUCUCGGAUCUUCGCAAGAAUCGCACAUUAGUAAAAGGCAAGAGUCAGCCGGAACCCAAGCCGAAGCCAGCAACCAAACCAACAAUGACUCCGGCGAUUACAGAGGUCCAAGGUCCGCGCGUCAUCGAGGUACUUUCUGACUCUGAAGAUGAAGAUGAAGACCUAGUGGCCUAUAGUAAGCCAGACUCGGAUCCAGAAGAUGAAGAUGAGGACCCUACAGCCAUCAAUCGUAACAAAGUUACCGCACCUGUGUACAUUCGGGACCUUGUAGCAGGCCUACGAGAUCAGGAGAACUACGAUCGUCAUGAGCUCGCCCUGGCUACUGCUGCAUCCCUGAUACGACGCAAGGCCAACUUUGGUACCGAAGUUGUGGACCACCUCGAAGACCUCGCCACUGUACUGACAGGGUUGCAAAAUGGUCUGGAGCUGGAAGCAUUCGCACAGCAAAGGCAACAGGCACUGAUUGCUGUGCUUCUUGCAAGACCAGCACAGAUGGCACAGUGGCUUGCGCGGUCAUUCUUCUCGGGUGACUACAGCCUCACACAGCGCAUAGCUAUGCUCACCACACUCGGCCUGGGAGCACGUGAGCUUGCCGGGAUGAAGGACUCAUCUACGGAUGAUCUCGUCCCAGCAGCGCCGUCUUUUCCCAGCAAGCAGCUCCCACCGCAUCUCCACAAGAUGUAUACUGAAGAGAAGUCGGCGGACCCGGUCUCAAAACUCACAAGUAGCAUGGCACGAGCAAUGCUCUCGCCACUCGCCUCACAAGCAGCUGACACGCUCAGUGGACCCAACAUCCUCAAAGUGCGCACCUUCAGCUCGCGCAUGGAAGUUGAAGCAGCACGCAAGAAGCCCAUACCUAACGCCCUUGCGCAGAUUGUCGCAGACAACUUCUUCUUCCCGCUGACGGGCCGUUGGUGGCUGCAAAUUCGAUCUAGCAGCGACUCGAUCUACGCGUCUACACAUCUCCUUCCACCGUUCUUGCAGACUUUGUCCUUACUGCUGAACGCAUCUGGACCAAACACGCUGUCUUUGCCGCAGAUGACGCGCGAGUAUUGGGACCUCUUGCUAUCAGUGAGAGGUCUAGCAAGCAAUGAUAAAGGGAUUCUGGGCGCUCUGCUGUUUGGGUUCCUGAUGCUGCUGGAGACAAACGAGAACAAAGAGAGGCUGGCGACAGAGCAGGGUAAGGAAUUGAUGGAGACGCAAGCCUGGGUCAAGAUGGUAUUUGAGGGGCUGGGUGCUGGCAGCGAGGAAGACGAAAGGAUCAGGGUACUGGCGGCAGGUGUUGUGAUACGGUGCCAAGAAGUGGUGGAGAAGUAUCAGCGGCGGAUGGCGGGGGCGUUGAUGGACUACUAA